AUGUCGGUGUACUCUAAUGCAGCCGGUAAGUUACAGCAGAAGGCUUUGCAGCAACCUAAGCAGAAGAAAUCCAAGUCGGCUGAAUUUCUGAUGGGGAAAGAAGAGAGAGCUGCAGUGGUGGGCAUAGAAAACCCAGCCUUCGAUGGAGAAAGAAGUGCCAAGCUUUCCGUUCCUCCAGUUUGGCUGGGGAGAGAAAUUCGAGGUGACAGGCCAGAUAGCACCCUUGCAGCUCACCAAAAAAAAAUGGAGCUGCAAGCCCCUGCCAAAGAAAGAGGAGAUGAACGUGCCCAAAAUUACUUUGACCCGUCACCGGCACAGCAGACAGACCCAAGACAUUGCAGGAUGGCUGGGGUCAGCACCGAAGAUGAGCUGGAAUUAACAAUAUUAAAUGCAGAUGAAAACAGACUGUAUCAAAAAAUGGCAACACUGCUGGAUGAGGACAACACCUCCAUAGAUGUGCCUGGUACGUUGCAAGCCUCCAGGGAUGAGGAGGUGUUGGAGGUGAAGACGGGUGAUCCGGUGCUUCAACAGCGACUGCUGCUCCACGGUGGUGGUCAUGCCUCGGGCUCCAGGCCCUCCCAGGCCCAUACCAUUGCCAAAACCCAGGAAGAGGCUAGUGCUGGGCUGGGAGGAGAAGGUGGAUUUGAAGCAGGGAGGAUGGUAAUGGGCAGAGAGAGCACUGUAAAAAUGAGGAUAGCUGAGGAGGUGAUCCCCCACUACGCCCAGCAGCUGAGGGAGCGUGUUCAGCCUGACAUGAUCACGCUUGGCAGCCUUUCACUGCAGCAGCGAGCGGCUUUGAAGGGACCAGGGAAGAGGAGACAGUGGGCAAAGAGAAAGAAGAGAAUAAUGGCUUUCUUUACUGGUAAUGUUAAGGAUCCCUAUUCACAAAAAGACUCUGACGCAGCAGGAGAGGAAGCACCACAACCCAGGCUGAACACAUUGCUUGAGUGCAGCACCAUCGAAAGCCCGUCACGCAGAAUGCUGGGGGAAGGCCAAGAAGAAGAAGCUAUGGCCAAAUUCGACCAGAUGACAAAGCUCCCAGAGUCCUCCUUUUCAACAUCACAGCCCAUGUGGCAGGUGAACCAGAGCACAACUCCCCAGCCUGUGGAGGUGUGUGUGUGCUGCCUAAGAGCCACCAGAGACAAACUACCCAGGGGCCUCUACACUGUCAGUGUGGCCCUGAACAGCCGUCUGGCGGGUUCAGCCCUAGCUUGGUGCAGUAAACAAUGGACUGUGUCCACUGAGCCGACUGAGCAUCGGGGCCACUUCUACAACACAGACUUGCACAUCAACCAGAGCGUGUUCAUGAUCUUACCUGCAGCCUGUGAGGUUGUCCCCUCCAUGGUCCUGAUAUUUCAACUCAUUGCACUACGAGGAAACAGCAGCCACAUCAACUCUGUAGUGGCUUGGGGGGCAUUUCCUGUUUGUGGCCCAAGCUUCAGUCUGGUCCAGGGCAGGUUCAAAAUCCCUCUUCUCAGGGGGGAGCCCAACACACAAAUGGACCAGUUUAAAAAAAUUGAAGGCCUCAUCUCCUCUGAUCUCGACCACUGGCUGUGCAACAUGUACUUCCAGGUUAAGAGGCUCCCGUCUGAAACAUCUACGGGUCCACAGUGUGGCCUCACUGUAUCGAUACCCCCUGCUAACCCCCCAGUCAUGCCCCAACCUGAGGUCAAUCAUGACCACCCCCAGAGCCAUCUGCCACUCCAGCCCCAGCCCCUAUCACCGUCCCAGCUCUGUGUGCAGCCCAUUCAUCCCCAGCCCCAGUUAUACCACCAACGGCAGCCACAUGCAGGCCCCAGCAGCAAAGCAGGAGAGCCCGCUGUGGUAUAUUGUCACCGGGGGUCUCCUCUCCACCUGUCAGCUGAUUCUGCUUGCUCUUCCUCAUCUCUGCCAGGGAAGAAUUCCUCCUCAGGAGCCAUUUCUGGAAACACUGGAGAAAAGGGUGAUCCAUGCAGGGUGAAAGCAGAGGGUGGGAUUCACCACAAGAAGAAGCCAAUCAAGAAGACAAAUAGCUGCGGCCUCAGCAUGAGCAGCAGCAGCGCACUGCCUCGGCAGGCAGACAAACAGAAGAUGCAGCCUUCAAUGGAGAACCUCUCCACGGAGGAGCUGGAGGAGUAUACAUUUUCCCUACAAUCAACACUGACAGGACCUGGUUCCUGCCCCUCACGCUUGUCCGACCAUGCACGUCUGGCCCUACACAUGCUGCCAUCCGACCUGGGCCUGCCGUUGCUGGGGCAACAACAACAGCCGCAUAAUAGCUGGCGUGGCUCUGUUCGGCAGCUCGGCCUCAUUAUGCUGCUGAUGGCUUUGAUGUGGUUUGUGAGGCUCUACCUGCAUUACUGCAGCCAGUGGCUCUACCUCCAGGCCAUAGCAGUUCCUGUCAACAAGUUCAAGUUCCAUGCACACACGGUGGAGCUUGUAUACCAGAGUUCCUUGCUCCACAUCUGGGAGGAGCUGGCGAUGCUGGUGGUGGGUCCCCUGACCUUGAACGCAUUAAUGUUCCUGCUGGUUCUGAUCAGAUGGGGCUGUCAACAGCUAUUUGGCUCACUCCCUUCCUUCACGUCAAAGUUUAUCAUGGCUCAGGGAGUGUGGACAGUCCUCGACCCUCUGGCAGUCUUUGCAGUGGACGCCGUCCUUGGGCAUCUCACCUACAGCCCUGACAUACCAGUGGGUGACGCAGCCAAGCUUUACUGGCACUUCUAUCGAGCUGACCAAUCAGGUGCAGCCGGGGUGAUCAUCACUCUCUUCCUUUACGCAGUCCUUUUCCUGCUCUCCAUCACCAUCCUCUCCAUUUACUUACUCAGAUUCCACAACGAUGGACACAUGCUGGACAUCUUUCAGCGGCUGACAGCCAAAGAGGGGACGUACUUCCUGCCUCAAGACCUGGAGCUGUCCAAUCAGGAACUGAGCUACAUUGUCAAGAAGGCAGAGCAAUGGAGAGGCUUCAAUGGGGAGAGGCGCAAGGUGGUAGUCCAUGACUACAUCUGGACAGCAGAAGACCCCUUACCCGGCUCUUUCACACCCAGUAGUGAUGACCCAUUGAGGGAGGGUGCACCCCUACCAGAGACUAGCACACAUGUGGUGAUCUACACCCUGUACCAGAGUGGGCUGAAACAAAGAUACAGACACUUCCUCCGACAAUCGGACGGAGCUAUCAUUGAGGUGAUUGGUGACAUAGAGGGGGUGCACAAUGCUUCCAGGAUGGUUUCCUGCCCAGUUAAGGGCUCUUCCAAUCAGAGGGAGGGCAAGGAAGGUGCAAGUGCUCCACACCAGCUCCGCAAACGGAAGAAACUAUUUGGCCGGUCCCAUCGUGUUGAGCCAGUAGGAGGAAGCGGGUGUGGCUUUAAUUUUGCACUGCAAGACCUGGACCAGUAA